UCAAUUUGUGGUAAUUGAGUAGCUCUAUUUAUAGGCUACUGGAAGAGCUGUGAGAGCAAGUUUUAUUAUACAGCUCUGGUUGUAGGCUACCACUUUUAUAGAAAUGAGGCUUAAACCAAACAGAGUUGUUUUAUUUUUGUGUCUUGUGCUCCUUUGUAUUGGCCAAAUAUGUGGUACAAGCCUUGACCUAGUGCAAAGAGAUGAGCUGCGUCAUGAGAAAAGGUCCAAGAAUAUUCAGACUGGGACCAUUACUUUUGGCACCGGCGAUAUUUCACUGGGUCGAAAUCCGGAACAUGAGAGCCAAUAUGUUGAAGAAAGCACUAGAGACGAUGGUUCCGUGAAUAUUCAAGCUGACCAUCCACAUCCAGGCCUGUUGCGUAGACAAAGCAAAAUUGCUGACUUCAGGGCCUGGAGUCGUAUGCGACCAGAUUUAGUAUGUACUGAUGACUUAAUGAAGUUCUCAGCACAAGGCCCUGGGUGUUCUUCACUCCAGUUAAACAAAGGUGGCUUGCCUCUCUCACUAAGCCAGCUACCACAAGACUGUGGCUCCUCUGUGCAAAGGACUGCAGUGGGCCUUAAGUUGCUUGCCCCUUUUGAUGGCUGUGAUGUUAUAGAACAGGGCAAUAACCACUUGCUGCAGAUGUUGUGGCGUGGCAAUCCAGUAACCCUCUCCUGCCCUCUAUCAAGCUCAGACCAAGUCUCUCCAGUUGUAUCUACUACUCCAGCUGCCAAGAUUCCUUCACUGCUUCAACAGUGGAAGCAGCCCAUCUUUGGAGGAUUCUACCCUGUAAUGCCCCCUCCAACUACAGAAGCACCUUCCACAGCUGCUAAGCCUCCUCCACAGAAUCAGUGGAUGCAGCCGAUUUUUGGAGGCUACUAUCCUGUAAUGCCGGUGACUCCCCCUCCUACUGUUGCACCAACUACAGAAGCUGCCGAGCUUCCUCCACUGAGUCAACAGUGGAAGCAGCCCAUCUUUGGAGGAUUCUUCCCUGUAAUGCCUCCUCCAGCUACUGUUGCACCAACUACAGAAGCACCCUCCACAGCUGCUAAGCUUCCUCCACAGAAUCAGUGGAUUCAGCCCAUUUUUGGUGGCUACUACUCUGCAAUGCCUGUGACUACCCCCCCAGCUACAGAAGCACCCCCCACAGCUGCUAAGCUACCUCCACAGAAUCAGUGGAUUCAGCCUAUUUUUGGAGGCUACUACCCUGUAAUGCCUGAGACUCCCCCUCCAGCUACAGAAGCACCCUGCAAAGCUGCUAAGCUUCCUCCACAGAAAAAGUGGAUCCAUCACUACUUUGGAGGCUACAACCCUGUAAUGCCUGAGACUCCCCCUCCAGCUACGGUUGCACCAACUACAGAGGCUACUGCCCUUCCUCCACAGAUUCAGUGGAUGCAGCCCAUUUUUGGAGGCUACAACCCUGUAAUGCCUGUGGCUCCCCCUCCAUCUACAGAAGCACCCCCCACAGCUGCCAAGCCUUUCCCACAGAAUCAGUGGCUGCAGCCCAUUUUUGGAGGCUACAACCCUGUAAUGCCUGAGACUCCCCCUCCAGCCACAGAAGCACCCCCCACAGCUGCCAAGCCUUUCCCACAGAAUCAGUGGCUGCAGCCCAUCUUUGGAGGUUACAACCCUGUAAUGCCUGUGACUCUCUCUCCAGCUUCAGAAGCACCCCCCACAGUUGCUGCCAUUCCUCCACAGAGUCAGUGGCUGCAGCCCAUCUUUGGAGGUUACAACCCUGUAAUGCCUGUGGCUCCCCCUCCAGCUACAGAAGCACCCCCCACAGCUGCCAAGCCUUUUCCACAGAAUCAGUGGAUGCAGCCCAUCAUUAAAGGCUACUAUCCUGUAAUGCCUGUGACUCUCCCUCCAGCUACUGUUGCACCAACUACAGAAGCUGCCGAGCUUCCUCCACAGUACCAACAGUGGGUGCAGCCUGUCUUUGGAAGCCACUAUGGUUUUUCUCAUGGUCAGUGAACACUCCCUCAAACUACUACUUCAACUACAGAAGGAUCUUCUACAGCUGCCAAGCUUCCAUACAAUCAAUGAACUACUUAGUUAUGAAUUACAAGUAACGUCAGUAGCUUUUUCAACAGCACCCCCAAAAUGGUAGAUUAAGGCUACUCCAUGCCUUAGUAUUUUCAAUCUCCUGUGUCUCUUUAUUCCAAUAGGUGUCAUUUCAUGCAUAUAUUUAAAAAAAAUGUACUUGGAGUUUAAGUUGUCUGAGGUAAUUUGUUCAAUCUGCUUUUUGAGUUCUCAUAAUUUAGUCAAAGUUCUACCAUAUUGCUUUUGUGUGUGCACAAUAGAGAUCAAGGUUUUAAAACAUAUAAGUCUUUGUUUCUACUCAAUGUCACAGGUGGGAGGGAAAGGGUUUUGGUAGUCUGUACAUAUCCUUCAAAUUCUGUUUGGCUGAAUUUCUCUUCGGAGUUAAAAAAAAACAAAACAGAUGGUCUGUUAAAGGUAGGGAUCGGAGCGGUGUGAGGUUAGAUGGAAUCAGCACUCAGAUAGGAAGGAUUGUAGGAGAUGGGUUUUUUAUUUCCCCCAAAUAAGGCCCAAGGGGCAUAAAGGAUUACGAAAAUUGUAACAAAAAUAUUAAAUAACAAAAAUACUUUAGAUAAACAAAAUAAAUAGACUUAGUAGCCCAAACAAUAAAUUCAAUAAAUGUAAAAAGUAUCGGGUGCCUACAGACCAAUUGCACUAGUCCAAGUAACACCACAUUGGAGAGAAUCUCAAGACUUACGUCUUCUCAUUAGCUACUCUCCCGUCCAAAUGAACUCACAGGUUUUAAAUGCCAUUGCGCACACCCCUCUAAUUGGAUCAUUUCAAUAUAACGCAGCAAGGGUGCUUACCGUUAACAAAAUAUAAAUCAGCUUUGAACAGCCCAAAAUAUACCUCUAAGAAACUAGAAAAUUAAUAAAAUACAUUUGCUGGAGUUUGGCAUAGCCAAACUAAACAAACCUGCAAAACUGUAUAUAAUUAGUCUACCUUAUAAAUUACGUUGGAAGUAACACGGUUUCUUUAGACAAACAAGACGCGGCAUUCACUCAUACACAAACAGAUUGAAGACGCGACAAUGGACACCG